UAUUGAACUGCGCUCAUAAAAAGUGCCAUUAACGAUUGGACGCUCAGACAGUGCGCAGUAAAAGUCGGAUGAAUUAAAAAGUGCUUAAGGUUUUCUUCGCGAGUGUUUCGGAUUAAAAAUGCAGGUGUAUUGGUGUGACAGGAAUGGGAUUGGUGGUUAUUGUGGCAGAGAAUGCUGUCAGAUGCCACAAACAGUGCCCCGUUCUGGGUGCAGCCCACCAUCAGCAUCCCAGGGCGAGAGGGCGGUCCCAGCUUCGCCUGUGGACCUCCACCACCUCCUUCGCUUCCUAGGAGCAGCGUCGCCACCAGAACCGAUGCUUCACUCCCCACCAAACCCACACGCGAAACCACCACCGCCUUAUCCAGAAGACAACAACAUCCUAGAACGCCUCUACGACUUCGAAGGAUACCCCACACCUUCCCCUUCCUCAGACGAAGGCUCAAUCCCUACAGUGGCUCUGCAACCAGCCUCACCCUACUCACAUCAAUUCAACUCCCCUCCAGUCUACAUCAAAGAGGAACCAAACAGACUAGCGGUUCCCGGCUUUGCCUCACCUUACCCCCUAUCCCCGUCAGGCUCAUGCGCCUCAUACGGCAGCCACAAUCAAUACUCCUCCCCCGUACCACAACACGAAGAGUACAUUGACAUUGAAGAACUACUCAAAGAGAACCAAAUAUUACAAGAGAGCGUUCAGCAAAAUUAUAUCACACCCAAAAUAGAAGUGGAAGAACCACGGGAUCACAUUCUCCUCAGAUCUGCCCUCGAAGACACUACAUUCCAGAAGCGGUUUAACUUAAAACCUAUCCCCUUAGAAUUAGGGACUGUCAAAAUGGAAGAAAGCAGCGGAGGCGAUGAACCUUUAGUAGCGCCAGACAUUGACCGCGUCCUUUCAAUGGCCAUCGAGCAGUCAAAACGAGACAUGGACAAUACCUGCACGGUGCUAGGAAUCUCACCAGAUCCUAUGCUAUGGAGUACUGCUGACGUAAAAGCGUGGGUCAUGUUCACAUUGCAACACUUCAACCUGCCGAUGGUACCUACAGAAUAUUUCGCUAUGGACGGAGCUGCCCUAGUUGCUUUAACAGAAGAGGAUUUCAAUCAGAGAGCACCACAAGCUGGAAGCACACUGUACGCACAACUGGAAAUUUGGAAGGCUGCCCGACAUGAAGCUUGGAGGCCUACACAGUGGUCUGAACAUCAACAGCCCUCCCCGAACCCCACACCUGCCGGUCUACCCUCAGCUGACGACAUGAGUGAUGGUACGUACUUACAAAAUCAAACGUUGCUUAAUUCAUGUCGUGUUUUCGCAGGUAACGGAGUCUUCAAGAUUGAGGAUUCGGUACGUGUCGCCAGGCUGUGGGGCAAGAGGAAGAACAGGCCAGCGAUGAACUACGACAAACUGUCCAGGAGCAUCAGGCAAUACUACAAGAAGGGCAUCAUGAAGAAAACUGAGCGCAGUCAGAGGCUGGUGUACCAGUUCUGUCAUCCGUACUGCUUAUAAUCGCCUGCAAUACUUUAGUUUGUAAGAAAUGUAAAUUAUUGUAAAUAUGUACGUGAGCCGCGGUAAUGCGGUCAAAACGAUGGCUACUUGCGUUUUGCGGCGCACACGCAAAACUCAACGCAGCGCAAACUCGUUGACAGCUGAACGUCUCGGUCUAGCGUCCUUCGCUAAGACCCGGACUAUUAGGCGUCGUACUUACCCUCCAUAUAAUUCGGGAAAGGUAAUUUUCCCCAGAAUUCUAUUGGACGGGACUCGUUUUAAUUAGUUUUUAAGUUUUUUUUUUACCGGCGAUUAAGCGAUAACGAUGCACCUCACGGUAUAAACUCUAAACAGAGUCAUCGUUCUCACCGAAAGCUGGUAAUGUUUAUCCCAUAUAACUGUGUUAUAUUAAAUCGUACGUUCUAUGAACUUUUAGGAUAAGUGUUCUGUAAAUACACGAUAAAAGAUUUAUGAAAAUAAAUAAAAAAUAACAAGUCACGCCUUGUUUAUAUACAGUGAUGUAAAAAGAGAUUAUUUUCUCAGAUAUUGCUAGAUAUAGAUUAUUAUAGAUUUAUGUAAAUCUAAAAGUAUACUUUAUAAAAGUGUUUUUGUGCUAAAACGGUGACGAGUUACGUCACACAGAAAAUGUAAGUUAAGUAUGAAAUAUUUUAUUUCGCAGAGGCGGUCGCGAUUGGUAAAGAUUAUUUUGGAUUUGAUUCAAAUUAGAAUUUUGUGCCAAAUAGACAAUAUUCAACUUUAUUGGGGACAAAAUUUGUAAAAUUGUGAUUGAGUGUACCCGCCGACUGUACAUUGUAUCGUGUAAAGGUGAUGGGGUAUAACUAAGUUACAAGAGAAUUAAUGUUAUUGUACUUAAGCAACGCAGUUAGCGUUAGUUUUAUAAUAACACUAUUACAGGACCAAACUAAUUUAGAUUUUAUAAAUCAUUGUAAUGUAAUUUAAAAAUAAAUAAAUAAAUGGCCAUUUAUUAAAA